CCGGAGGUGGCGGCCCCACGCGGCCCCAACAAGCUGCCGUUGUCCCGCGGGCCCUGGGCCCGGCACACUGGGGCUUUGUCCAGCCCCCCGCCGCGACCCACGAAGGGGGGGGGCCCACAUGACCGAGGGGGUAGGAGGAGCCUGCGGCGGCGGUGGCGGCGGCAGCGGCAGCGGCGGCUUCACCAUCGUUUCCCUCGCAGGCCGGGGGUCGGCGGGCGGUGGCGGCGGCGGCGGCCGGGCAGGGCUGGGCGGGGCCGCGGACGCCGGGCCCCCUGCUCCCCGCCAGGCUGCAGGCGCCGGGCCUGGGCCAUCAGGGCAGCUGUGACCCGAGCGCGCUCCGGGCGGCGAGCUGGGGGUGCGCUCGGACCCCCGCCCCCGGGAUCAUGGGGAAUGGCAUGACCAAGGUUCUUCCUGGACUCUACCUCGGAAACUUCAUCGAUGCCAAAGACCCGGAUCAGCUGGGCCGGAAUAAGAUCACACACAUCAUCUCCAUCCAUGAGUCACCCCAGCCUCUGCUGCAGGACAUAACAUACCUUCGCAUCCCGGUGGCCGACACCCCUGAGGUACCCAUCAAGAAGCACUUCAAAGAAUGUAUCAACUUCAUCCACUGUUGCCGCCUCAGUGGGGGGAACUGCCUUGUGCACUGCUUUGCAGGCAUCUCCCGCAGCACCACCAUCGUGACGGCAUAUGUGAUGACGGUGACGGGGCUCGGCUGGCGGGACGUGCUUGAAGCCAUCAAGGCCACUCGGCCCAUCGCCAACCCCAACCCAGGCUUUAGGCAGCAGCUUGAAGAGUUUGGCUGGGGCAAUUCCGGGAAGCUUCGCCGACAGCUGGAGGAGCGCUUCGGAGAGAGCCCUUUCCGCGACGAGGAGGAGGUGCGCGCGCUGCUGCCGCUGUGCAAACGCUGCCGGCAGGGCUCUGCCAGCUCGGCCGCCUCCCCCGCGCCGCACUCUGCGGCCUCCGAGGGGACCCUGCAGCGCCUGGUGCCGCGGUCGCCCCGGGAAGCCCACCGGCCGCUGCCGCUGCUGGCGCGCGUCAAGCAGACUUUCUCUUGCCUCCCGCGGUGUCUGUCCCGCAAAGGCGGCAAGUGAGGAGCCCGCCCCGUCGUGGCGCCCCUCUUCCUCCCUACUGGUCCCCAUCGGGGGCUGUCUGGGCCUCCCAAGGCCUCCAGGACGGGCCCAGAGCCUGUGGGAGUCCCGCGGCGGCCUGAUCCCUGCCCCUGCCCCCAUGCCCGCCUUGCUUGUCUGCGUCUGCAGUCAGUGUGUCCUCCAUCUGUGCGUCUCUGCGUCUGGGCCGGCCUGCUGCAGCCACCUGGUGCCUUAGUCCUUGGGCUGGGGGAGGGGGCACCCAGGCCUCCACCCUUCAAGGCGGCAGAAGUGGGAGUGGGUAGGUGGGUGGGGGUUGGAUGGGCCUAGAGGAUAUUAAAGAGACACAGAAGCUGCCUGUCUGAGCGCCUCCCAGUC